CCGAUGCUAACGUUAGCUCAUUGAAACCGUUUCUAGCGUGUACUGAUGUGUGGAAGUUUUUACAGACGGUUGUUUUGUAGUGUCUCAGAUUAAUAUUUUAUCACUUAAAGAUGAGUUCAGUCCAGAAUCUGAGAGAGUUGAUCAACCAGCGACUAACUGCUGCUGCUGAAGAAAUAUUCACAGAGUUUGAGAAAACCAUCGUCCAGUACGAGGAGGAGAUCGAUCGUCAGCGCAGACUGCUGGAUAACAUCUGGAAACCUGAGAUAAAGUUACACACAACAGACCGUCUGCAGCACUAUGUCCAGGAGGAGAAUGUUCUUGCUGUGCAGAAUGUCUGCAACCAGGAGAGGAACUCCAGUGUGGAUCAGGAGGACCCAGAGCCUCCACAGAUGAAAGAGGAGCAGGAGGAACUGUGCACCAGUCAGGAGGGAGAGCAUCUUGUACUCAUGCAAGAGGCUGAUACACUGGUUCAGCGCAACUCCAAAUGUGAAGAAAUAUCUGGAGAAAUAUUUGGACUUUCUGAUAAAAGAUUCGGUCAGUUGGAUGAAGACAUCGAUUAUCGGCGCAGGCAGGUGGAUAUGAUCUGGAAACCAAGCAUAAUGUUACACAGAGUUGACCACCAACAUCAAGAUGUCCGUAAAGAGGGGAAUGGUCUCGCUAAUCAGCAGCUCUGUAACCAGGAGAGGAAGGUUAGUCUGGACCAGAAAGAGGCAGAACCUCCAGAGAUAAAAGAGGAAGAGGAGGAACUCUGCACCAGUCAGCAGGGAAAGCAGAUUGUACUGAAGCAAGCAACUGAUACUUUUCUAUCGACUUCAACUGAUAUGGACAAUGACCUCAGUGAACUAGAAUCAAACAGCAACCACCUCCUCUCUUACAAUUCACCAGUAACCGUGACCCCACAUCAGGAGGGAAGCAAGCAUGUAGACUCAUGCUCAACUAGAAAUGCAGCACUGAAGCCAAAGAGUCAUAGCAGUUGCAAUGUACCCAAGUCUUCAUUGUCAGAACAUCACUGUGAUGUUGGUACAAGUGGAAAAUGUAUAAAAUAUGAUGUUUUUGGAAACACCUUUCAGAAUAAGUACCAAAUCAAGAAACAUCACCAAAUCCACAAAAUUGUAAAACCAAAUGCUUGCAAUACACGCAGAAGAAGUUCACGGUCUCAGCAGAAAGUCCAUAUGAAAAUUCACACCGGUGACAAGCUGCAUUCUUGUGAAACAUGUGGGAAAAGUUUCAAUUGUGCUGGUCAUCUGACUGUCCACAUGAGAGUUCACACAGGAGAGAAGCCAUAUUCUUGUGAAACGUGUGGGAAAAAUUUCUCUCAACGUGGGCAGCUGACUAUCCACAUGAGAGUUCACACAGGUGAGAGGCCGUAUUCUUGUGAAACAUGUGGGAAAAACUUCAGUGGACGUUAUAUGCUGACUGUCCACAUGAGAGUUCACACAGGUGAGAAGCCAUUUUCUUGUGAAACAUGUAGGAAAAAUUUCACUCAACGUGUGCAGCUGACUCGCCACAUGAGAACUCACACAGGUGAGAAGCCAUUUUCUUGUGAAACAUGUAGGAAAAAUUUCACUCAACGUGUGCAGCUGACUCGCCACAUGAGAACUCACACAGGUGAGAAGCUGUCGUCCUGGAACAAUGGUGGGAACAAAGCUUAGUAGAACACACAUUCAUUUACAGCGUUGAGGGUAAAAGCAGGUCUUGUAGAUUCUGUGAGUUUAUUGCAUGUCAGUCUGUGACACAUGGAUCUUUAAGAAUCUGCCAACCUGUCCAAUGGGUGCGUGGCGACUUCCAGAAGCACAUUGCAUUUACGAAAGAGACAACUGGAGAUGUCAUACUUCUGAGGAACGGCCUAAUAGUUUAUUUCAUUGGUUAUCAGUUUCUGCUGGAGCUGAGUGGAAAGGGAUGAUGUUGCUGAGAUUUAAUGUAGUGAAAAUGAGUUUACACAUCAACAUAAUUUUUGAUGUAAUUAUUUUCGGAAUUCUCAUUUUCAGUUCAUGUGUAUGUAAAUUGGUUGCUCCAGUUCAACUUCAGUCUGUAUUUCUGUGGUGGUUCUUUGUUUAAAAAAAAAACAAAUUAAACCAGUUUCCAAUUCAGUAACAAUGUUGAAGUAACAGACCUGACUGGUUUCAUACCAGAUAAAGCUUCAGUUUCUAUAAGACAGUUGAAUUUAAAAAUUCAACUCAUAGAGACUUCACUUUGCUUCAGAACAGUUUGUUCACAUCAGAUGACUUUGAUGUAACACACUUGAAGCGUUGCUUUGUGAGUGCUGGAAUGAGAAGAUUUUUUAUGUAAUUAUCAAUCAUUAUGUAUUGUACUUUUUCAGGACCUCCACAGAAACAUAUUAUUCAAUUCCCUCAGUUCAUUUUUGUUGGUAGCUUCAGUCUGGUUGGCUGAUAAAAUGUUGGUGAUACAUGGCUUUGUGUGAUGAAUUUUAACCCCAAAGUGAAAUAGUUUCCUUUGCUUGUUUUUUGAAUUCUGUUGUCACUGACAAAUUUUGCUGUCUGUUUUUAAAUGAAACCAUAAACUGUUUGAAACAAA